UAUACCAUGGUGCACUUUAAACGAAAAUAUUAGAUUACUCUAUUAUAUUUCGGUGUAAAAUAUGUAUCAAUGGUCGAUUUUGUCAGUGAUAAAGUACUUGAAAUUCCUCCAGUGUGUCUUUGUAGGGUGUGCCACACUUGCUUUAGACAAGAACCAGCGCAUGAUCAGACGCUGCGAGAAACAGAUCAGACUGAACUUUCGCUUAAUUUAUGCUCUGUGCCAUUUGUGAUCGAUUAAAAGACCAACCGGAUUCACAUUGACUGCUUAAAGCCUGAGAGGAAAAAGGACCGACAUAUAUACUUUUACUAUUGAAUCCCAAGAUGGCCGCACAGCUGCAGAAACUGGUUGCACAGAAAAAGGAUGUUGUGGAGAACGUCAUGGAAGUGUUUGAGCAGGGUGCAGAAGUGGUGGCCAGUAUCGCUGGAGAUCUCUUCCCAGUGUUCUCCAUUGCGGCUCCGAUCGUAAGGCUGGCGCUGGACAACGUCGAAAGCAAAGAAGCCGAAUACAUGAAGGAGCAGUUCCAGAAAGUGAGAGACCGCCUUGAAGUUGUUUCAGAAGAAGUCCAGCAGAUAAACCAGGAGAUCAAGAAAAGCGGAGUCGAUGCCACCUACUUCACCGUGGAGGAGAAUCUGACCAACCAGUUCCGCAAGUUCAUGGACGUCCUGAACGCCAAACCCAAAUUCAGAGAGGUCAGGAAGAAGACGUUCUUGGACCACUUCAACCGGACAGGCGGCGAUAAAAACCUGCACACUCUUUAUAGCGCAGUAACCGGAGAUAACUUCUCAGGGGAGUCCGUGCUGGAGAUCACUCUGAAUUACGAGCAGAAGAGCCGAAGGGCGGUGGAGGAGUAUUGCGCCACGCUCAAGAAAUUAUUCUGUGUCGGUUUGAUCGCUCUACUGGGACACGCUGCACUAAAAGGCGACGACGAGGAGGAGAAGUUGCUUCAAGAGUGGAGCGAAAAGAUGAAAGUAGUCCAGUCGAAAAUGAUCGUCGUGAUUGAAGACUGCAUUAAUAGCUUUCCUACGCAAUCUGAGCUGGACGCCAAACGCAUAGUGAGAGACCAAAGCGACAAAAGCAACCAGCAACUGGCCGACAUGCUGGUAGAGCACCUAAAAAAGAAGUACGACUGGGUUUGCUGGUCGGUCCGCAUCUUUAACUCACCCACUGGAUUGUUCACCAACAAGAAAGACUUCCAGGGUUUGACAGGAAAGAGCCGCUUUCAGGUGCCGACGUCUGAUGACAAACUCAACGUUGUGGUUUCUUACAGCGCCUCGCCUGAGCCUGUCGAUAAAGCCCGGAUACAGAGUCUGGUUUUGGAGCAGAAGAAGCUUCCGAUGACGCAGUUGGCUGAACUUCUGUUUGACACAAUUCCCGUCUGUGUGGUUCACACAAUCAAGACCUCAUGUAAAGAUUUGGGUUAUUCCACCAGCUUCUCUGAAGAGCUGCACUUCUUUGAGGAGUAUAAGAACUUCUGUGUGUUUCUUCAUUCUGCUUAAAUGAGACUGAUGUUAUGAUAAAGAGCUGAGCUAAAGGGGUGUUGCACAAAAGCAAGAUAAGGGAUUGAGCUGGGAUUUUCAAUACAUCCUGGCUGAAUUUAGGCUUGGUUAAGCCAAAUUUAGCUACUAUUGAGACAGCCAGUCUAAGAUUAAUCCUAUUGAUUUAUCUGCUGGUUUUGCUCUAAAUGUUACUAGAAAUGAAUGUGUUUUACAGUCACAAUAUUACUAUUUUAUUUGCUAAUAUAUCAAAUUAUUAUAUAAAGAGAUCAAAUAAAUCGAAAGAGAAUAAAUGAAUAAAUGAAAGAGAUUAAAAAAGUAUACACUACCUGACAAGUCUUGU